AGCUCGAGUAAAAUUUUCCUCCGAGAGUACGUUUUGGAACGUACUCCAGAACGUUUUCCCGACCGCAGCCAAUUUCAUAUGUGGUAAAGUCUGUUCAUAUAUUGAUUUAAGCUUCGUUUACAUUAAAUAGCAAAUUGGCGGGAAACGUGUCUGUUUGUUAGAAAAUGUCGGUCGCGUACGUUUGAUUGCAACAAGAUUUGUCAGUUCUUACAGGUUCUUACAUACGAUAAAUAUUUCGCCAAUAUGGGUAUUUUAGGCUUAUCGAAACUCAUAGCAGAUAUAGCUCCGGAAGCUAUCAAAGAGCGAGAAUUGAAGCAUUAUUUUGGUCGUAAAAUAGCUAUUGAUGCCUCUAUGUGUUUAUAUCAAUUUCUUAUAGCUGUACGCAGUGAAGGAGCUCAGCUUACUACUGUAGAUGGCGAAACAACCAGCCAUUUAAUGGGUACAUUUCAUCGGACUAUACGUUUGGUAGAACAAGGAAUAAAGCCUGUAUAUGUUUUUGAUGGAAAACCACCUAACUUAAAAAGCGGAGAGUUAGCUAAACGGGCUGAGAGAAGAGACGAAGCUCAAAAACUUUUGCAAGCUGCUGAAGAAGAUGGAAAUGUAGAGGCUAUAGAUAAAUUUAGCAGAAGAUUGGUUAAAGUUACAAAAAAUCAUGCUGACGAAGCUAAACAAUUACUCCAAUUAAUGGGCAUACCCUAUAUUGAUGCUCCUUGCGAAGCUGAAGCACAAUGUGCUGCUUUAGUGAAAGCUGGUAAAGUUUUUGCUACUGCUACAGAAGAUAUGGAUGCUCUCACCUUUGGUUGCGAUAUAUUGCUUCGACGUUUAACUCUCAGCGAAGCCAGAAAGUUGCCUGUACAGGAGAUUCAUAUGGAUAAAGUUCUUACAGGUUUAGAGUUGAAUCAUGAUGAGUUUAUUGAUCUCUGUAUUAUGCUGGGUUGUGAUUAUACUGGAAGCAUUAAAGGUGUUGGUCCAAAAAGAGCAAUAGAAUUGAUAAAAAAUUAUAGAUCUCUUGACAAAAUUAUUGAAAAUAUAGAUACUAAAAAAUAUCCCAUACCAGAAAAUUGGAAUUACAAAGAGGCAAGAUUAUUAUUUCAAGAACCAGAAGUAGCAAAUGCAGAAGAUAUCCAAUUAAAAUGGUCUGAACCAGAUGAAGAAGGUCUGGUAAAGUUUUUAUGCAGUGAUAAGCAGUUUAAUGAGGAACGAGUCAGAAAUGGAGCUAAGAAACUUCAUAAAGCUCGAAAUACAUCCACACAAGGCAGACUGGAUUCGUUCUUCAAAGUUUUACCGACGAAAUCGAGUCCAACACCAAAGCGAAAGAUAGAAGAAAAAAAACUACCAGCUAAAAAGGCGAAAACAGUAGGUAACAGUAAAUUCCGCGGGAAAGCAAAAUGAGAAUAAUACUACAAACUUCACAAACAAGUAAUGGCAAUGAAAUAUCACUGAAAUGUAAUAAUCGUACUACCAAUAGAAUUUGGAUCUAAAACAUGGAGCAAUGCUCGCUCAAUAUUAUAUGGUGCAUAUACUCUAUCUACGACUGUUUGCAGUUGGUUUGCAUCAGUCAAUUCACAUAAAGCUCGUAAAUAUGCAACAUUCAAUUUUGCA